UGGUUUUCUUGAUCCCAUAAACUGAUCAAUUUAGUGGUUGUCAGUAAAAUCAUUCAUUCGUUCAAAGCUUCCUUGAAACCUACAAUUUCACCUGCAAUUUCCUCUUUUGUUUCAAACCAUUUCCAUGAUAUUAUAAUCAACCACCACUUUCAAACUGGUGAUCGUAAGUGUUGGUGCGUGGUUCAUUUUGCAGAGGUUACGUGCACGUAUCUCAACAUUGGUCCAUACUGCAAUCGUGUUGCAAAUUUAGCUACAGAAAUAUUAAAAUCCGUUUCGCAAUGAUUGAAUUUAACAUAAUUGAACAUACCUGACCUAAUCUGGGAGAUGGGUAAAUACAUUAGCUGUAGUAUUAGUUCACAUUACAGGGAGGGAAUUGAGAUUGAUAUCCACGAAAACAAUGGAAGAAAAGAGCGUGACGUUGGAGGUAAAAAAUCUGAGCUUCACAUAUCCAGGCUUAGAUGGGCAACCCCCACGUGGAGCAAAGCCUCUUAUACAGGAUUUUUCUCUCACUCUCAGGGCUGGUGAUCGUUGUCUUCUGGUGGGCUCAAAUGGAGCAGGGAAGACCACCAUUUUGAAAUUACUGGGAGGGAAGCACAUGGUCGAACCGGACAUGAUUCGAGUCCUGGGGAGAUCUGCGUUUCAUGACACUUCAUUGAUUUCAUCUGGCCUUCUAUGCUAUUUGGGAGGAGAGUGGAGAAGAGAUGUUGCAUUUGCUGGUUUUGAUGUCCCCUUACAAAUGGACGUUUCAGCAGAGAAAAUGAUAUUUGGGGUUCAAGGCAUUGAUCCUCAAAGGAGAGCCAACCUUAUAAAGGUGCUGGGCAUUGAUCUAAAAUGGCGGAUGCACAAGGUAUCAGAUGGCCAAAGAAGACGUGUGCAGAUUUGUAUGGGUCUUCUACAAUCCUUUCAGGUUCUUCUUUUAGAUGAGAUUACAGUUGACCUAGAUGUACUUGCAAGGGCUGAUCUCUUGACAUUCUUAAAGAACGAAUGUAAAGAUAGAGGAGCCACAAUUGUCUAUGCUACACAUAUCUUUGAUGGCCUCGCUGAUUGGCCUUCACACAUUGCAUAUGUUGCACAUGGAAAACUUCAGUUAGCAUUGCCAUUAAAAGAAGUUGAUGAAAUGAAAGAGCUCUCUCUUAUGAGAACAGUAGAGAAAUGGCUAAGGAAAGAGAAAGAAGAGAAAAAGAAGCGUCAAAAGGAGAGAAAGGCCCAAGGUCUCCCAGAGUUUGAAGAUGAUAUUGAAGGCAGUCGUGAUGCUGGGGAUCCAGCCAGGGUUCCUAUUCGACUACUGAAUAAUGGUUGGGCUGGAGGGAGACUUCAUUCCACUCUGGCUGGUGAAGAUCCUUAUAAUAUUUAGCUCAACUAGUGUCUAGUGUCUCAAGAUAAUAAUGGAUGACGCAUUCAAAUUAGAAGAGCUGAAGUUAAAGCAAUAAUCACUGCACUUUUUGGCUUUUAAAAGUGAUUAGGCACGGUGUCAUGUCACUUUCCUAAAUGGUCAGCAAACUAUUCUUUACUUGGGCGCUCAAAAUAAAGUACUUUUUUAUUAUGUAAUAAAUUAGUAUUAAGUUACUUUUGUUUUCAAUUUAAAUAAAGGGCCGAAAUGUAAUGCCUAUAAAGGCAAACCUAAUGCCCUCAUUUUUAUUCGAAUUAUUAUUUUCAUGAACAAUUUUCAUUUGGAGCUCUCAAGGAUGAAAUCCCUUGACAGUGUGAUCUCUGGGACUGUAACACCCAAUUUCCUGAUUGGGUUGAGGAUGAAAAAUCCUCAAUUCUUCAUCUUUUGGAUGCAAUUUACGAGAAAAUUCUGAACAAACUAAGCGAAUUAAUAUAUUGUUUUGCCUUGUAACUGUAUUCAGUCCUACGGCUGUAAGGUCAGUUAUUAGCCGCAGAUUUUUAUCAUUAUUAAUUGAAUGCGAUUGUCUUUCUGCAUUUA